AUGUCGAGUUUGUGGUUGCCGCCUACGAUUGAAGACGACGAAGAGGUGGAUGUGGAUGUGGAUGAUUCCGACUCAGAAGAAGAGCCAUCUUCAAAAGACAAGGGGAGAAAAUCGGCAGGCAAGCGGCAACAGACGUCGAUCUUUAGCGACGAUUUUUCGUUCCCUGCGGAGACUGGCGUGGGCGGUGGGGGUAUGGCAGAGGGAGGAUGGACCGUGGAAGAGGAGGUCUUGGGAUGGGCAGAAAAGAAGAGAGAUUUAGUAGUCACUUCGCUGGACUCGAAAAUACUACGUACAAUCGAGCGGAGAAAACUAAAGGUCCACCUCCGUGUUCUAGUAAAUUACGGUACGUGGAUCAGUGGUGGUGUCUGUGUACACAGGCCGAAGAGAAGCGAGAGCUGCAGAGGGAGAGAGGAGGGGAGGAAAGGGAGGGAGAGGGCGACGAGGGAGUCAUGGAGGAGGACUCUAUGGUCCCAACAGUUGUCAGUGGUGGUGGGAGAUGAGCCACCUGAUCCAGAGGAGAUUGAUGUUGAAAGUGAAACCAACUCAGUAGGUGAUGAUGCCUAUGAAGAGGGUUUUUUUGAAGAGGCUCCGCCUCCACUGUCGGAUGUAAAUUUCACCGAUAUGAACCUCUCCCGUCCACUACUGAAGGUCCAUUCUGUGGGAAAAGCUCUGGCUAAGCACACCAGUGUCGAAUUCUGCCUGGUAACUGGCGGGCUGGAUAGUCGGGGGCAAGAGGCGAUGCUUCGGAAACAGCCAGACAUCAUUAUCGCCACUCCGGGGAGGCUGGUGGAUCAUCUCCACAACGCUCCCUCCUUCAAUCUAAACACCGUUGAGAUCUUAGUCCUGGACGAGGCUGACAGAAUGCUGGACGAGCAUUUCCACGACCAGAUGUGUGAGAUAAUCCAGCACUGCCCCAAGAGCCGGCAGACGAUGCUGUUCUCUGCCACCAUGACGGACAAGGUGGAGGAGCUGGCCUCGGUCAGCCUCAACCGCCCCGUGAGACUGUUUGUGGAUCGGAACACGGACACCGCGGAGAACCUGCAGCAAGAGUUUGUGAGGAUCAGGAGCAAGAGAGAGGGAGACCGAGAGGCCAUUGUCACAGCUCUGUGUAGUCGGACAUUCAAGACCCAGUGUCUGGUGUUCCUGCAGACCAAGGCUCUCGCUCAUCGCAUGAGAAUCAUCUUUGGCCUUCUUGGACUCCAGGCCGCUGAACUCCAUGGCAAUAGGACACAACUACAGAGAAUAGAAGCUCUCAAGUUGUUCAAGGAGAGAAAGGUAGAUUUCUUGCUGGCGACUGACUUAGCAGCUAGAGGGCUGGACAUUACUGCAGUCAAAACUGUGAUAAACUACAACAUGCCCACAACGGCGAAACAGUACAUCCACAGAGUGGGCCGCACUGCACGAGCCGGUCAAACUGGAAGGUAUGUACAUCUGCACACAUUACCAGCUGUGGGAUGGGAGGGAGAGAGGAAGAUGCUAAAGGAGGUGGUCAAGACGGCAAAGGUGCCUGCAAAGAGCAGAAUAUUACCGCAAGACGUCGUGGUGCGGUGCCGGGACCGAAUACGGAAACUCGCGCCUGAAAUCAAAGCCAUUCUGAAGGAGGAGAAGGAAGAGAGAGAGUUGAGAGUGACUGAGAUGGAGAUGAACAAGGCUCGGAACAUGCUGGAGCAUCAGGCGGAGAUAUUCAGCCGACCUCCGCGGACCUGGAUGCAGCAGCAGUCGAGCGCGUCCCGACUCGGAAGGAGAGCUCCUCAGUCCCAGCAGCCCGCCGGCGACCACCAGCCACAGAUCAAGAAGACAAAACACGCAAAGAAACCUGCUAAAGACGAAGACCCAAAGGAAAAGAAACUGAGGCUUGAGAGAGAGUACACCUCCAGACAGGCAAAGAAACAACGGCGACCGAAAAAGCUCUACAAAAUGGCCCCUGGUGGGGAGAAGAACAAAGGUGUGGCGAAGCCACGGCCCGUGAUCAAGGGCUUUGAGAAGGAGUUGACCGACACAAGCAAGCAGGCGGUGCGAGGUAUUAGAAAAACCGCGUUCAAGAGUAAGCCGAAGGAGAGUGCGUUCAAGUCAAAGAGGAAAUACAAAAGGAGAGAAGAUGAUUGA